AUGUCGGUGUUUCAAGGCCACUGGGUUGAUGACAAAACUAAAGGAGAAUCUGAAAACUAUGAUGGAUUUUGUGAUGCUAUGGGUGUGACUCCCCAAGGAAAGCUGAUGUAUAAAGAUUUGAAAAUGGCUAUCGCGUACAAGAUAAAUGGUGACACGUGGACAUAUGAUCUGACAAUUGGGGACACCACUCAGACGCACGUGUUACAAAUUGGUGUCACCAAUCCGGAAGAUAUCGACAUGGAAGGAAACAAAACCAUUACUACGCCCACACUGGAACAACCUAACAAGUUAGUCGAGGUGACCGAUACUUGGCUUCCUUCAGGGCGUGAAGUUAAAACCCGGAUGGAAAGGACAGUUGUGAACGAUACUAUGAAUUGUGCAAUAACUCACCUUGAAUCAGGACAAACAAUGACUUUCAGUAUGACGCGUAAAACAUCUUAG